ACCCGGCACCCACCGAAGAAACCAAACCAGCAGGCGAAGCGCAGCAAGGAAACCACAUGCCCCACCUCGCCGCCACUCCCCCCACUUCCUCCGCCGCCGCCCUCCCCACUGGCGCCGGCCGCGUCGCGUUCCGGACCUCGUGGACCGUCCCGCGGCCGGUGGCGCGACGCCUGCGCCUGCGCGCGCGGGGCGUCCGGCGGGAGGGCGGCGGCAGCAGCGUGCGAACAGAGGAGCAGGAGACGGAGGCGACGACGCGGACGUUCUACGACCUGCUCGGGAUCUCGGCGGAGGGGAGCGCCGACGAGGUCCGGGCGGCCUACAGGCGGCUGGCGCUCAAGUACCACCCGGACGUGUCCCCGCCGGGCGCCGCGGCGGAGAACACCCGCCGCUUCAUCGAGGUGCAGGAGGCCUACGAGACGCUCUCCGACCCGAGCCGCCGCGCCAGCUACGACCGUGCGCUCGCCCGUGGCGUCUGCCGCCUCGCCUUCUCCGGCUCCCGCUCCCAUCGCGCCUACUACCACCACCAGGACCAUGAAGAGAAAUCUGGCUGGAGAAGAUCUUGGGAAGACCAGAUUGCGGAACUGAAGAGGAGGAGCAUGACGAAGGAUUCAGACGAGAACCUGUCGUGGGGAGCUCGGAUGCGGAGAAGAAGGGCCGAGGCAUCAUCAGCAGAAUAACUGUGAUAGUAACCCUUCCAACGCAACAAUGGUCGUAUCUAGCAUCUGAACCAAAACCAAUUAUACUUUUGUGUAGGCGCGACUCGAAGGCUGUUGCCUGCGGGGUUUUAAGCUGUGUAUCAAAGAUGAGCCUGCUGAACCUGCAGCUGACCUCUUAUUAGAAUCGCUUAGUACUAGUAAUGUAGCAGUAGUUGAUGUAGCAGUGGCAUCUUCCAGGAUUGAAAAAAAAAAAUACAGCAACACCUGGAAUGCCAUGGCCCUGCCCUGGUGUAUAUAGUUGAAUCGCUACCCGCCUGGCUGUAUGUAGAAAUUCCAACUAUGUUUACUCUUUUUGAGUCAUGUACUGCCUGGUGCAAUGUAAAUAGUACAAACAGCAACAGAAAAUGAAUAAGAAACCUAGUUCUUCCUCCCA